AUGCGGGACGGUAGUGGCCUGGGACAGGCUCAACGCUUUACCGCGUCUGCCACAACAGCUGCCACAUUACCAUUGAUAAUAUCUCCCCUCAUUUUGGUGACUCCUUCGGUGUUGAACUCCGCCCUAGACUUGAGCACUCCGGAAAGUACUAACGACUCUUUGGCGCUUUCGCGGGCGACUUCUCUCGUUCUCCUCCUACUCUAUUGUGUGUGGCUCGUGUUUCAAUUGCGGACGCAUAACAACUUCUUCACAUUUGGCGAGUCUGAAUAUGCAGGCGACGGGCCAGUGGAGCUGCUAUUUGAGGAAGAAGAGCCUGCAUAUCUGCCGCCCGCUUUUGCAGCAUUAGCUUACUUGCUGACGGCAACGCUGUGUAUUCUCUGUACAAAUUCCUUCGUGCAAGCCAUGGACGAUGCCUGGGGCCCCAGGUCCUCCCCUCUUAUCGGGCUAUUCCUUUUCCCAAUGAUAACCAGUAGUGCGGAAUGCGUUGUAGGGAUUAUAAUAGCAACGAAGAAUAAGAUGGAUAUGGCCAUGGCUGUUCUCUACGGGUGUACAGUUCAAGUCGUCCUUCUCGAGGCGCCUUUACUUGUACUAGUGGGAGGGGCUCUGUCCAUGAAGCCCUUUACCUUGGACUUCAUGCCAGCUGAGAUCACGUCGAUUUUGAUGACCGCCGCCGUCGGUGCUUAUGUUUUUCAACAUGGAUCCUCGACUUAUCUGGAUGGUGUUGUGCUCCUUGGGCUCUACUUGAUCCUUCUCUCUGCUCUCGAAACGCUACACAUGCAGGCCUAA